UGUGUUUUCGCUUUGCUUUAAUGGCUGGAAUGGACAGGAUCAACAAUAUUUACUUUGUGCUAAUCUUUUCUUUAGGGAAUUGUUUCUUUUUAUACAGAUAUUAUUACGUACAAAGUGUUCCAGAGGCGGAAGGGGUUGAGUUAGAUUCGUACAGUGGGGUUACGGAAGUGGCGCCUGCACUGGAUGUCGUUACAGAAGAACGCCUUGUUUACCCCGGAGUGAGAAGCAGUAGAUCACCACAACUUUGGCGAGAUCAUAGCGAAAUCCACCUCCCCAGUGAAGGCCUAAGAGAAGAAGGUGGAAUACCUCGCAUCAGAAGUCUGUACAAGUCAGGGUUUCUGAUGAACGGUUCCCACAUAUGCUCCGACCUGGGGAAGGGCAAGAGGAUGCUGAUGGCUGUGAUAUCCGCGACAGGACACUUCCGAGCUCGCCUCGCCGUGAGGAUGACGUGGGGACAGUUGGCAAGACGUAGCAAUUUGGUCAUCGCUUUCUUCGUGGGGAGAGACCCCGAUCCUGAAGUGAUGGAAAUGAUCCACCGCGAGAACACAGUUUACAAAGAUGUUGUCCAGGUGGAGACCGGUGAUGUAUAUAACAAUCUGACUCUGAAAGUACUGUCGAUGUUGGAGUGGGCAGACCGUUUCUGUCCACUCGUUGACUACGUGUUUAAAGUGGACGAUGACAUUUUCGUGAACAUUCCCUUGUUGCUCAGGGUUUCUGACGGGAAUCUGGGUUCAAAUAGAACAAUGUACGGUAAUUUAAACCCAAAACCAAAGCCAUUUUUCCCCUUCCAUAUCCCAGAACAAAAGAGUUCUGUUUACAAAAAAGAAUACCCUGCAUCAAAAGACCCGUCGUUCCUCAGCGGAGGGGCGUACUUGUUGACUAAUGACCUCGUUAAUGAGAUCUUCCAGAGCGCUGGACAUUUCCGUUUCCACAAAGGCGAAGACUUCUUCUUCACAGGCAUUUUAGCCCGAGCUUUAAAUAUAACUCGAGUCCACAUCAAGAACUUUUUCAAACACGACAACACUUUUAUUUGCUUUGAAAAUAAAUAUGUAACUUUACAUUCGGUCAAGCCCGAUGUCAUGUUCAUUGUGUGGAAAAUGUUUCUGGGACUAAGAAGGAAAUUAUUUUGUGGCUAAACUUAACAACGUUGCAGUCUUCCAUAGUUGUAUAACUGUUAUAUGCACUGCUGUGAUGAAAUUGUAUUGUAAUCAAUAAUCAGUUGUUAUUAGUACAGA